AUGAGUCCUUAUUUAAUUGGUCAAACUGUCCUCAAGUACGGCUGGGCACACCUCUCUUGCUAAGACAGUGUAGAAGCAUGGCGACAUCUGGUAAGGUAAUCAAGUGCAAGGCUGCUGUAGCCUGGGAGUCGGGCAAGCCUCUGACAAUUGAAGAAGUGGAGGUGGCCCCACCUAACGCCCAUGAAGUCCGGAUUAAGAUAUUUGCCACCGGAGUGUGCCACACUGAUGCCUACACCCUGAGCGGCAGUGACUCAGAAGGAGUGUUCCCCGUCAUCCUGGGCCAUGAAGGCGCCGGCACCGUGGAGAGUGUCGGCGAGGGCGUCACCAAGUUUAAACCCGGUGAUACUGUCAUCCCGCUGUAUGUGCCUCAAUGCGGCGAAUGCAAGUUCUGCAAGAAUCCCAAGACCAACCUCUGCCAGAAAAUUAGAGUGACCCAAGGUCAGGGCCUGAUGCCCGACGGGACCUCCCGCUUCACCUGCAAGGGCAAGAAAGUGUUCCACUUUAUGGGGACCAGCACCUUCUCCGAGUACACUGUGGUAGCAGACAUCUCGCUGGCCAAAAUCAGUGAGAAGGCUCCUCUUGACAAGGUGUGCCUCCUCGGGUGUGGCAUCUCCACAGGAUACGGUGCUGCGCUGAACACCGCCAAGGUGGAACCCGGUUCCACGUGCGCCGUCUUUGGGCUGGGAGCCGUCGGUCUGGCCGCCAUCAUGGGCUGCAAGGUGGCCGGAGCGACGCGCAUCAUCGGCGUCGACAUCAACCCGACCAAGUUUGACAAAGCCAAGGAAUUUGGCGCCACAGAGUUUGUCAACCCCAAGGACCACAGCAAGCCCAUCAAUGAGGUCCUGGUGGAGCUCACCGACGGCGGCGUGGACUACUCUUUCGAGUGCAUCGGCAAUGUGCAGAUCAUGCGAGCUGCUCUGGAGGCAUGCCACAAAGGCUGGGGUGAGAGCAUCAUCGCUGGUGUCGCCGGAGCCGGACAAGAGAUCUCGACAAGGCCUUUCCAGCUGGUGACUGGACGUGUGUGGCGGGGCACUGCCUUUGGAGGCUGGAAGAGUGUGGAAAGUGUCCCCAAACUGGUCGAAGACUACAUGAGCAAGAAGCUGAAGGUGGAUGAAUUUGUCACACACACGCUGCCAUUCGAGAAGAUUAAUGAGGGAUUUGACCUCAUGCACGCUGGAAAGAGCAUCCGCACAGUCCUGACCUUCUAAAGUGCCUCGACCUCUAGUCAAGCAGCUCUCAACUGCUAUACAACUUUGAUCCAUCCAAAAGCACUAAAUGACAUGUCAUUUUCAUUGUCAAAAUCAGACAUUCCUGAAGAAUUUCAAAAUGAUUGUGACAGUAUAAUUAAAGCAUUUCAAGAUGCCACUCUCCCCUUUUUUAUCUAUCUAGCUAGGUCAUUAUCUACAGUGUCUAUAUACAGCAACACAUUUCCUUGCACAGUCCUGCUCAAAUGGUCCAGACAAAUUU